GCGGAGGCAACUGGAGGCGGCGGGGGCGGCGGCGGAGAAAGAGCUGAACAAAGAUUGAGCGUCAGGCUGGGCGUGCGCCGCGGAGCCCCGCGGGGGAAAGGCAACCAGAGCCGGGAUCAUCCCCGAGGAGAACACGUGGGCUCUUCCAGGGUAGCAGCUCUGGCCGCUGGUUGUGUGCGCUGUCUCUCUCUCGCUCUCUCUCUUCUUCCUCCCCCCUCCCUCCCUCCCUCCCCAUCUCGCUUUCUAUUCGAAGCCCUGGCAAAACGAGCGCUUCAAGUUUGGAGGCUCCGCAGCUCCGAAGAGUGCUAGAGCCAGGCUCUGCCGUGCGCCGGGAUCUCAACGGGGAAUACAGCGCGACCAGCCCAGAUGGAUGUAAUUGUAGGCGUUUGGGUUUGCCUGGCAGCUGCGAGAACAGUUGUAGGCCUUGGAAUGGACCCCAACUUACAAAUUGAUAUCAUCACAGAACUGGAUCUAGUCAACAUGACUAUUGGAGUUACACAGGUGUCUGGACUACAUAAUGCCAGUAAAGCAUUUUUAUUUCAAGCUGUAGACAGAGAAAUCCAUGCAGCACCCCAUUCUAGUGAGAAGUUAAUUCAGUUGUUCCGGAAUAAAAGUGAGUUCACAUUUCUGGCCACCCUACAGCAGCAGGCGUCGACUUCGGGAGUCAUUCUGUCCAUCCGAGAGUUGGAGCACAGUUACUUUGAACUGGAAAGCAGUGGCCUGAGAGAUGAAAUAAGAUAUCACUACAGAUUUAAUGGAAAGUCAAGAACAGAAGUAUUUCCGUAUCGGCUGGCAGAUGGACAGUGGCAUAAGAUUGCGUUAUCACUUAGUGCAUCCCACCUCCUGCUUCAUGUCGACUGCAAUAGGAUUUAUGAACGUGUUAUAGACCCUCCAGAAACAAAUUUGACUCCAGGAAGCAAUCUGUGGCUUGGACAACGUAACAGGAAACAUGGCUUCUUUAAGGGUAUCAUUCAAGAUGUGAAAGUCAUCUUCAUGCCUAAUGGAUAUAUAACACAGUGCCCUAAUCUGAAUCGCACCUGUCCAACCUGCAGUGACUUCUUAAGCCUGGUUCAAGGAAUUAUGGAUUUGCAAGAACUUCUGGCUAAAAUGACAGCAAAACUAAAUUAUGCAGAAAUGAGGCUUAGUCAGUUGGAAAACUGUCACUGUGAGAAGACUUGUCAAGUAAAUGGAGUGAUCUAUCGAGACAAAGACUCAUGGGUUGAAGAUGAUCACUGCAGGAAUUGUACUUGCAAAAGUGGAGUAGUGGAGUGCCGGCGAAUGGCCUGCCCACCAUUGAACUGUUCGCCAGAUCGCCUUCCAGUCCAUUUAACAGGCCAGUGCUGCAAAUUGUGCAAGUCCAAAUGCAUCUAUGGAGGAAAAGUGUUGGCAGAAGGUCAGAGGAUUUUAACCAAGAACUGCAAAGAAUGUCGUAAUGGAAUUUUAGUAAAAGUAACGGAGACCUGUCCUCCAUUGAACUGCUCGGAAAAAGAUUACAUCCUCCCAGAGAAUCAGUGCUGCAGUGUUUGCAAAGGUCAUAAUUUUUGUGCACAAGGUCACAGAUGUGGUGAAAACUCAGAGUGCAGGAACUGGAACACGCGAGCUACUUGUGAAUGCAAAAGUGGUUAUGUCUCCGUCCAAGGGGAUUCUGCCUAUUGUGAAGAACGUGAUGAAUGUGACAGCGGACAGCACAACUGUGAUGAGAAUGCAAUCUGUACUAACACAGUCAGGGGACAUAGCUGCACCUGCAAGCCUGGAUAUGUGGGGAAUGGGACCAUCUGCCGAGCAUUCUGUGAAGAAGGGUGCAGAUAUGGUGGGACAUGUGUAGCCCCUAAUAAGUGUGCCUGCCCUUCUGGAUUCACGGGAAAUCAUUGUGAAAAAGAUAUUGAUGAGUGUGCAGAGGGCAUCAUUGAAUGUCACAACCAUUCACGCUGUGUUAACCUCCCAGGGUGGUACCACUGUGAGUGCAGAAGCGGUUUCCAUGACAAUGGAACCUAUUCACUUUCCGGGGAGUCCUGUGUUGAUAUUGAUGAAUGUGCCUUGAGGACUCACACUUGCUGGAAUGACUCCGCCUGUGUGAACCUGGCAGGAGGAUUUGAUUGCCUCUGUCCAUCUGGACCAUCCUGCACUGGUGACUGCACACAUGAAGGAGGCUUGAAACGGAAUGGCCAGGUAUGGACACUGAAGAAAGACAGGUGUUCGGUUUGCUCUUGUAAGGAUGGCAAAAUAUUCUGUCGACGAACUACGUGUGAUUGUCAGAAUCCCAGUGUUGAUUUCUUCUGCUGCCCAGAAUGUGAUACCAGAGUCACCAGUCAAUGUUUAGAUCAGAAUGGGCACAAGCUGUACCGAAGUGGAGACAAUUGGACAUACAGCUGUCAACAGUGCCGCUGUCUGGAAGGUGAAGUAGAUUGUUGGCCACUUGCAUGCCCCACUCUCACCUGUGACUUCACAGCAAUAUCAGAAGGCGAAUGUUGCCCUCGUUGUGUCAGUGAUCCUUGUUUGGCUGAUAACAUAACCUACGAUAUCAGAAAAACUUGUCAAGAUGGCUAUGGAAUAGCACGACUUAGUGGCUCCGUAUGGACAAUGCUCGGGUCUCCUUGUACAACUUGCAAAUGCAAGAAUGGAAAUGUGUGUUGCUCUGUGGAUUUAGAAUGUAUUCACAAUAACUGAAGUAUAAAGCUGGGACUACUCUUUUCGCGAGGCAAACGGAUGCAACUUCCCACUUGCAAAAUGAAUGCAGUUGUAAGAGAUGGGAGUUUUAUACAAUAGACAAUUACCAAAGUCUCCGUCUGAGGAAGAUAUUUGGGAGUUGCCUUUGGGACCUACCACUACAUGCUCAACCUUGCUAGGCUUCUCUCGGGUGACUUUUACAGUACAAUACAUAUAAAUCAAUGGUUGUUAAAAAGUUUUGAGUGUUGUAAAUUACACCCUUUUCCUGUCAAAUCAUUUGCAAAUGCAUUGAAAUUAUUUCAUCGGUAAAAUACAAUGUAUUGAUUUGUUUACUUUGUGUACAAAACCAACAUUAUGGAAACUCCCAUUUUAUUUUAGGUUAGAUCAAGGUCCUACAAAAUAAGGCUGCCUGUUGUGGUUUCGUCCCAUACUAUUGCCUAUUUAGUUCUGAGGUCCCUGUUCGGAUGUAUUUAUGAAAAUAUGUAUGUAUGUACAGUCAAAUUGCAUAGUACUUAUAUUUCAUAGCUGUCAAACAUUGUAAAACAUUCCAAGGUACAUUUGACUUGUACAGGCUGGAAGUAAUCAAACCUCAGCCUAUCUUUAUGAAAGAAACACACAAAUAUAUAAAAAGGGAUAAUGUCACAAGUUUAAUGAAGUGGCAAAAAGCAUAUAUAUUUUUUUGCAGACAAAAGAGCUAACAGCAAAAUUCCUGUGUGGAGGGGGAAAGAAAGGAUGACACAGUUUUCAUCAGUAGUGCUCCAGAACGUACCCAGAAAACCAUGGCAUUUAUCAACAUUAGGCUUAGCAGAAUGUUGUAGUUUGCAAGUCAAACAACAAAUAUUGGAUGUGGGUGUAAUUCAGUUAGGGUUGUGCAGCAUUCAAUAAAGCAAUCAAAGGGCUUUUUACUUCUAGAUUUUAAGUGAAUGGGUGAGAUUUUGAUAUCUGUUAAACUGGUAUAUGUUUAUAAUCUCUCCCCCAUGUAGUUGCUUUAGCAUAAUAAAGUCUGCCAUCCUCCAUUAUGUAUGCCAUAACGAACAAGUUCAUCUCUAUUUGUACUGUGUUAGAGCUUACAAGGAACAGUGUAAAUGUCACUGCAUUUAACUAUAAUUUCAGCAUACAUCACCUUGGCAGUAUGCUAGCCUUGGAAGAAAGGUGGACCACUCCACGUUCCAGUUUUCAUUAAAUGUAAUAUAUUCACCAAACAACCUUGUCCCCAUUUCCCACAUCUUCUGACAUUCAAAAAAAGAUCUAAUUUAUUAAGUUAGCCAUCUGUAAAACGCUGUUUAAAAUCCUAAACUUAAGCAGAAUUGUAAUUAAAACCUUGAAAUGUGCACAAAGGUUAAGUUUGAAAGAUAGGUAGCUGCUUUGAUUUUGCAAGGCUAAGAUGUCGAUAGCGCUAAAGCAAAAUCUGUCUCAGCUUAAAACUUCAAUAGAUUCAGUCCUAUCCAACUAGUUCCCAUGCACAGAUUGCCUCCCACAGCAUAGCAGGUACACCAGACUGCUGAGUGGGAAUUGGGAAGGUAACCCCCCCCCCCACUUCCAGAUAGGCUAGUUGCAUACAAUGUCAACCUUGAUAUUUGAAUCUAUGAGUGCAACAACAGGAUAUGUUUGCUUGUUUAUUGAUCUACCAAAAACGAAAACCAAGCUUGUUUGCUUUUCACUACACCUGCUAAACAGAGGGGGAAGGGACAUGCAAACACUCCUGCACCCCUAGAAGUUAGAACCGAAGUCACCGUGUUUUUAAAGUGCUUCUUGUUCUCAUUCUGCUUUUGCUGUGUGAGAUACUCUUCAUUUUUACUGUUUAUUUCUGCUUGGCCAGAACGAGAGUCUGGUGGUAAGCUUAGCAAGUACACAUUACAUUUGUGGAACAACUGUUUUAAUCAAGAACUGUAAAACUGAUUUCUAAAAGCCAUGGUAGAGUAUCUGCAAUGAAAGAAUAGUGGACAUUGUUCUGUGUUAUAUUGUGCACAGAGCAUUCUACUAAAGGUGUAUUACAGAACAGUAUGGAAGGUCUGCAGUCAUGUGAACUUUUUGAAGCCUAUUAUAGGAACGGAUUUUUUAAAAUGAAUAUGACAACACAUUCAUGCUCUAUCACAGUAUAUUUUUAGCAUCCAACAUAAAAAUAAACCCUUCAGGCCAGUUGUUCUGGUACACAGGUGGGUCUACUGGUUAAUGGUGCAGGCCCUGCUUUCGUUUUCCUCUAAUGUCCAAGAAUUCCUUUAUGCAAAAAGGAUUCCUCAACCCUGAAGACAACAAAGAAGGCCCUAUUUGUAUGGGACUCCAUGCCAGCAGAGUCUGUCUUUCUUUCUAUCAGUUGCCCCCUUUUUAGCAUCCGUUAUGUGUUGAUUUUCAUUGUUUUAAUGAUGGUAUUAUAAAGUUGUGUUUUAUAGGAUCCACAAAGGACAUUUGUAAAUCGCAUCAUUAAUCCAUUUUGUAAAUCAUGUUGUAAACCCCAAUGGUAAUUCAACUGAAGGAGAUGAUGCAGUGGUUUGGGAUGUAAAAGGCAUCUAAAUAAACUCCUAUGUACAGAU